GCACAGACACCCACCUAUCCGCUCCGCUCUCUGCGACUCACUUUCCACCGAGCGCUUCAAGAUGGCGGCCGCUUCAUCCAUCCAGCCGCCGAACGUGCACGCGAUAAAGCGGGAAAAUUCACCCCAUCCGGAGUCCGACAGUCCCGCGAGCCGACAUGAAGAAGACGCAGCAUCCGAGGGGACCACCAUCCUCAGAGAUCUACCGGAACUUGAUCCCGAGGAGAUCGAGAAACGGCUGGAGAAAACUCGCAGAGAGCUGAGCAACAGGAGGAAGAUCCUUAUUAAGAACCUGCCACAGGAUACAACCAACCAGGAGGUCCAUGAAAUUCUACACGAGUACGAGCUCAAAUACUGUUUUGUGGACCGGAACAAAGGAACAGCCUUCGUAACCCUUCUAAAUGGCGACCAGGCACAGGAUGCUAUCCGAACUCUGCACCAGACAUCAGUCCGGGGCCGUGACAUCACCGUCCAGCUUCAGCCCACGGACUCUCUCCUGUGUGUCACCAACCUGCCCUACACAGUCACUGCCAGCCAGUUUCAGGAGCUGGUGCGCUCCUACGGCAACAUUGAACGCUGUUUCCUGGUGUACAGUGACCUUACGGGCCACUCCAAAGGCUACGGCUUUGUGGAGUACAUGAAGAAGGACUCGGCCUCCAGGGCACGGUCAGAACUCUUGGGCAAACCGCUGGGCGACCGUGCACUCAUGGUGCAGUGGGCUGACGUCAACCACCUGACCUCUGCUGACCACCUCCACUCCAAGUGCCUAUGCGUGGAUCGCCUGCCGCUAGACUUUGAAGACACGGAGGAGCUGGCACACAUUUUUUCAGAAAGCUACAAACCCGUCUUCUGCCAGCUGGCUCAGGAUGAGGGAAGUCCAGUACGGGGUUUCGCUGUGGUGGAGUAUGAGACGGCGGAGCAGGCUGAAGCCGUGCUGCUGGAGAUGGACAGACAGCUGAUCCAGGGUCAGGAGAUACGUCUGUCUCUCUGUCCCCCAGGAACCUCUGGACGCAGCACUCUCGCUGCCCUCAUCGCUGCUCAGGGAGUGAUGUUGAGCAAUAAGAAAGGUUUACUGCCUGAACCCAAUCUGGCCCAGUUCCUCAACAGUAUGACCAAUCCUGCUGCUCUCCAGGUCCUUAUGAGACCUUACCCUACCGCCAAACGAGGAGGAAAGUUUGGUCGACCUCACAAUCUGCCCUUCCUGCAUCCACCAUUGACUGCAGCGCUGCUACAGUUAGGAAAAGCACAGCAGAGUGCCAUCCUAGGAAACGGUCUUGUUCUUCAGAAUCUACUUCACAUGCAGAUGGCCCAACAACAGCUCUUACAGAUCAAAGACAAGCAGAUCACUAAUGUCCCAGGAAUUUUGGGCGACCCUUCUCGGCUGCUCCUGCAAAAAGUUCUGGGUCUUCGAACUCAGGCACCGGUUCCUCUGGGGAAGGGGCUGCUGGGAGAUUCUCCCACAGAGUUGGGCCAAGACUCUUCUUCGGUCACGUCCCAGAGUGGAAACUCUGGGGCUGGAAUGAUGUCACAUGUACCUGGACGUUCACACACAAGUUCCAUUGCAGAGCAGAAUGGAGUCACUGCGACAUGCCUGGCUCCAGAGAAACAGCCUGCACCUCCAGGAACCACAGGAGGCUCUAUAAGCUCCCAAACACAACUGCAAAACUUCCUUCCUGGAAUUAAUGCACCAAGCCUGGGACAUUUGCUAGGGGGUACAACGCACAAAGCUCCAGCCAACCACCACAGUUCAAGCAUGCAGACUAAUACUUCCAUUACAAGUCAGUCCAGUUGUCAGACGUCUCUGUUGGGAGACCCCCCUAAAGAAGUGAAGUUGCCUUCCAACCCAUAUCUAAACCUGGCUAGUGUGCUUCCUGGAGUGGUACUACAAGCACCCUGCAACAGUAAACCUCAGACUGUGCAGGCGCACACUGGGACAUACAGCGCAGUCCUGCCACCUGCCACCCACCCACCCAGUCAAUACAGCGCAGAGACCACUCCUGCAGAAUACACUCACCAAUACACUCAGCAAUACACACAGGAGGCCAUGCAGCAGUGGUACCAACACUACCAAGCACAGACCUACGGCAACACUAGCCAAGAGACUGCUGCAGUUACUGAAUGCACAAAAGAGCAACCUCAGGUGGUGGUCACCUCCUCAUAUGGAGACUACAGUUCCUACAUGCAUGCUGUCAGUCAGUACUAUUCUCAGACGCAGAUUGGCCAGACAGCUGCUCAAGUCUACCAGCACCGAGAUGUCAGCAAGGAGGUGGAGGUGGUGAAGACCCCCUUGAGUGGGCCUCUGCACACCUCUCUGAAUGGCACUGCUCAGACCCUGCUGCCCACCUACAGUGCCCUACCCAUCAUGCCUGGCUUCAUCACAUCAACACACACACCCAAUCCUGCCACACACACACCUGCCGCAGCCACGGCCACCGACUGGAACAACUAUUAUGUGAGUGUGUGUCUUUCUAUAUUACGUGUGUGUAUUGUUGUGUGUGUGAGAAAGAGAAGUGAAACAAACCAUAUUGCAUGUGAAACAUUAGACACCUGAAAGAUAAUGGGUUUAAAUUCCAGGAAAACAAAAAUUCAAAUUUCAUUUGAAAAGGUUUAGGUGUGAUCACAUUAGUGAAAUGUUGUGGGCAAAGAAAGUCCAUUGUCCAUUAUGUUUAGUGUAGCAAUGCAUAAAACAUGAACGAUGCUUACUGAGACGUCGCUUCCAAACUAAGCAACUUAUAAAUGCAGCAAACAAGUUUAUUCAAAGCUUAACCAGAAUCUGAUGAUCCCCAUGAACCACAAACAUUUUGCCAUACAAAGUAUUACACCCUUCUUGUUGAAAUGUAAAAAAUAUAUAAAUUUUGUCCAAAUUCAGGCAAAGAAUCAAUUUCACAAUUGCAGCUGUCACAUAAUUUGGAGUUCAUAAUUUACAAUGUGACUACUAUAUUCCCAAUUGUGAAUUUAUAUCUCAGAGUAUAACUUUUUAUAAACUUAACUUAUGUGCAAAAUUUGAAAAUUGCGAUUUGCGAAUAAGCACAGUUUACAUCCUACAAAUCUAAAGAGAAUAAAAUCAUCACUUCCUGAUAAACUGGCACUAAAUAUCACUGAGAAAAGUAGAAGCCACUGAAAAUAAUACUUUACAUAUUUAAUAAAAUGACUUGCACCUCAGAGCAACCAGACGAAACACAAUGAAUGCGGUCAUUGCUUUCGAAGGUGGAUGUCUGCUGUUUGGGAAUGCAGUCGUGUAAGACAGUUCUGAGAAGCAAUUAUACCAAAAUACUUUGAUGACAGACUUUGCUCAGGCAUUUAAGAAUAACCAUGACAACAUUUCAGAUGCUAUGCAAUGAGACCGGUCCGCAGGUUAGUCCGGUUAUGACGUCCAAGAGCGGAAAAUCGCAUGAUUUUUUUGAUGUGCAUGGAGGAAUUUAUUCGCAAAAUGCUUUUCCAUUACUGCGCAGUAACCAUUUUCCGAACAAGUCAAAAACCAACUCAAGCGAGCAGAAAAACUUUUGCAAAUUGAAGGA